AUGAAUGAUAUGAUUACAGCUAUAGCAACGGUAGCAGUAAUGGAAACAACAACAGCAACUAUAACGGCUACAAUAACAACAGCAGCAACAACAACAAUAACAACAGUAACAACAACAACAGCAACAACAACAACAACAACACCACCAGCAACAACAACAACAGCAACAACAACAACAACAACAACAACAACAACACCAGCAACAAAUAUGCCAAUUGAAACAACAGAGAUAACAACAACAGCAAUUGCAAAAACGAUAAUCGAUGAUAAUAAUUCAAUAACUGCAACAUUACAAGUACCAUUAUCCAGUGCUAUUGCAGAAAAAGACGAUAAUAAUAUUUCCAUUCAAAGAGUAGCAGAAAUUACUUCAAAGAAUGUAACAAUUGGUUCAUACAGCGUAAACAAAACAUUAUCUCACGUAAAUGGAACAAAACGUUUAUCCAAAAAUGCUGUCAUCUUUGAUAUCUUUCAUAAUGGACAACCAGUUGAAGCGGUUGUUGUUGGAAGUAAAAUAACGCUUAGCUUCAUCCCAUAUUAUGCUAUUUCCCCGAUAUAUAUGAGCAUAAAAGGAUGUCAAGUUGAACCGAUCGGAUCGCUUUAUGAUUGGGAACGUGAGCCAUUAAUAAUAAUUAAGGAUGGCUGUCAAGCAGAUCAUGUUGGUCUAGUUUGUCCACCGCAGAAGACCGAAUAUGGUAUUCGAGUAACUGCUGAAUCAUUCCGGUAUCAGACAACUUCGCGAGUACAAUAUUCCUGUCUUGUCCGAAUCUGCCCUUUUGCACCAUGUCCGAUGGAAACGUGUGAGGAAGUGGAAGGUUGUGGAAACUCGAAUCUACUAUCCAAUACGUUCGGAUUACGUGCCAAACGUCAUAUUACAAUCGAAGAAAUACGAGCAGCAUUAGCAGCAAAUCCUGAUUUACAACGACAAAUACGAUUGAUGAACCGAUUUGGUACACAGAGUCAAACAACAUCAGAAAUGCAACAACAAUUGAUAGAACUUGGAGGUGAUCACGUCGUUAAAAAACAGUUAGUUGUUGUCAAUUCCGAGGAUGAAUUAAGAUACUACGUACGGACAGGUGAUGUACCUUGA